CCUCGUGGAGUUCCUAAAAUUGAUGUCACCUUCGAUUUGGAUGCAAAUGGCAUCUUAAAUGUUGCAGCAAAAGAGAUGAGUACUGGUAACGUAAAGAACAUAACCAUCAAAAAUGAUAAGGGUCGUUUGUCGCAAAGUGAAAUUGAUCGAAUGGUAAAUGAAGCUGAGAAGUAUGCCGAAGAAGAUGAAAAAGCGAGACAGCGAAUCGCCGCACGAAAUCAACUUGAAACUUAUGUAUUUAAUGUUAAACAGGCCAUAGAUGAUGCUGCUGAUAAAUUAGAUCAAUCGGAUAAGAAUAAUGUGGUUGAGAAAUGCAAUGAAACCAUAAAAUGGCUCGAUAACAACACCACAGCUGAGAAAGAAGAAUAUGAAUAUAGAAUGGAGGAAUUAACUAAAAUUUGUAGUCCGAUUAUGACAAAGAUGCACCAACAGGGCAAGGGCAAACCAGGCACAGAACCAACCAGUUGCGGUCAACAAGCCGGAGGUUUUGGUGGUGGCAACUACAGAGGUCCAACUGUUGAAGAAGUUGACUAAAUGCCAAAGAUUUGUAAAUUGUAAAUUGUAAACUUUAAAUUGUAAAUAUUGUAAUUUAGUGAAAACUUAUUUUUAGAUGUAGAUGUAUAUGUUAAUUUGAUCUAUCGAUGAAAUUGUAUUACUUAAAG